CCGGGCCACGUGCUCAGGUUUCAGGCGGGCACUAGGAGCUCGGGCUUCCUGCUGGGGCGUCUCAGAGGCGCCCGGGGCCUCCUCCCGCAGUCAGGGAGAGCCGGGGCAGCCGACUGGGGACUCCGGAGCGGCCCAGGGACAAAGUCUGGGGGACGCGGCGAUAAAAGCCUUGAACUUGGCCUGUGACUUGCACCACCGGGGCCGGCUACGGAAAGCAGCCCCAGAAGCCUCCGAGGAGCCCGAUGGGAAACUCCCCAAGGACACGCUGACCCAAGGAGCCCGGCACUAAGGGGAAGGAGCGCCCCGAGAACCACCCCCCUCCUUUGGACAGAUCGGGAAACUGAGGCUCCGAGGGGCGAGUGACUGCCUCGGUAGCCUCACGGGCAAAGCCAGGCCUUCGGCGAUCAGUCAGUCAGUCAACAAGCGUUUAUUAAGCUCCAGGGCGCGCCAAGCCCCGAGCUGAGGGCUAAAGAUACAAGUACCAAGUAAAAAGGCUCACGUCGGGGCUCACGUCGGGGAGGGCGCCCUGGGGCCCCGGGGCAAAGCCCCCUCCACGGACGGCCCCUCCCCCGGCCCGGGGCGUCCUUACCUCGCGACUCGCCCCGUUUCGGACCCUGCUUGGGGCUACGGGCCGUCUCAGAGACCGGAGCCGGGGCUGCCUCGGGCAGCUUCGGGGGAGCAGCGGCCGGAGCGGGCUCGGGGGCUGCGUCCCCUCCCUCCGGAGCCCCGCCCAGCCCAGGGUCCAGCCCCGCCCCGGGACUUUGGCACCGGCUGUCCCCCCCGCCCCCCCUCCCCAGGCUCAGCAGCCGGGAGCGCGGCCAGGCCGGGAUGCAGCACGGCGCCCCGCUCCGCGCGGGGAGGGCCCCCCCGGCCCCUCCCGGGGAGCCCGGCCGCCGGCUGGUGCUCGGGGUCACCUACCUGCUGACGGCGCUCGAGCUCACCUGCCUCUUCAUGCAGUUCUCCAUUAUGCCGUAUCUGGUGAAGAACCUGGGCCUGGACUCCGUGGGCUUUGGCUACCUGCAGACCAUCUUUGGGGUUCUCCAGCUCCUGGGAGGCCCCAUUUUUGGCAGGUUUGCUGACCAGUGGGGAGCCCGGGCAGCCCUGACUCUCUCCUUUGUGGCCGGUUCUGGGCUCUACCUGCUUCUCUCCCUCGCCACUAAUGUGCCUCUCCUUGUGGCAUCCCGGAUCCCAGCUCUGUUCAUGCAUGUGCUCCCAGGGGCCCAGAUGGUCAUCACAGACCUGACCCCCCCAGCAGAUCGCCCGGGAGCCCUGGGGAAGCUGGGCCUGUGCUUUGGAGUGGGAGUCAUCCUGGGCUCCCUGCUUGGCGGGACCAUGAGCACCAAGUUUGGCCUGUACUCACCCGCCUACGUGGCCUUUGUGGCCAACGUCCUGGGCACGGCCGUCAGCCUCACCUGCAUCCCCGCCAACACCAAGGCCGCCUCGGACCCCGGCCCGGCCGCGUCGGGCAAACGUCCGGCCGCCAGCGUGUUCGACCUGAAGGAAAUCACACGCCUGCUGGGGCUGCCCGGCGUCCGGCCCGUCUUCUUCAUCAAGGUCCUCUCGGGCUUCCCGUCAGGGCUCUUCAUGAUCAUGUUCUCCAUCAUCUCCAUGAACUUCUUCGAGCUGGAGGCCGCCCAGGCUGGGUACCUCAUGUCCUACUUCGGGGUCCUCCAGAUGGUGGUCCAAGGCCUGAUCAUUGGGCGGCUGACUGAGCGGUACUCCGAGGGGACCCUGCUCCGGGCCAGCAUCGUUGUGUUUAGUGCCGUGGGCCUGGCCAUGGCCUCUAUGACCAACGUUUUCCACUUCUGCCUGCUGGUGCCCGGCCUGGUCUUCAGCCUCUGCACCCUGAACGUCGUCACGGACAGCAUGCUGACCAAGGCGGUGCCGCCCUCGGACACAGGAGCCAUGUUGGGCAUCUGCGCCUCUGUCCAGCCGCUGACCCGGACCAUCGGGCCCACCCUGGGCGGCCUCCUCUACCAGAGAUUCGGCGUGGCCGCCUUCGGCUCCCUGCAGUUUGCCGUCAACUUUCUCCUCUUCCUGUAUCUGUGCAAGAAGGAGGUGCCCCAGAAAACCAAAAGGGCACCAUGACCUUGGCCCCAAAGGGAGCUCCCCCUCCCCAUCCUGCUAAUAAAUGUCAUAAGCCCUC